UCUUCUGCAAUCGGACUGAAGCGGAGGAAUGUGUCUUUAACCUCGGUGAUAUGUGGAAAUAUUUUCCCUAAUAUUCCUGCCGUAGAUAAGCAUAAAAUCUAACUAAAACAGAUUCAUAAAAGGUCGCAUGUUAUUAGAGUGCUUUAAAUAUGAAAGUAGGAUCCAGUUAACCGGAUUUGAUUUAAUUUUUACUAAUUAAAGCCCUGAAUAGUUAUGUUUUCUGUUUGUAAGCAAACGCAUCAACCCACUGGUGUUGAACAUGCCAUAAGUUGCUUUUUUUUCAAUAAAACGGAAAAAAGCCUCGUUACAGCCGGUGCAAAUAUUCUGAAAGUGUUUAGGCUAAUCCCUAACGUAGAGCAAAAGACCAAGCAGGAGAGAUAUUCAGAAUUUUUUCCUCCUAAAUCGAAGUUGGAAUGUGUGGCCCAAUUUCAGCUGUUUGGCAAUGUUAUGUCAUUGCAACGAGUAACUUUGGCAAACAAUCCAAGGGAUUCGCUGCUGCUGGGAUUUUCGGACGCAAAACUUUCUGUUGUCGAAUAUGAUCCAGAAAAUCAUGAAUUAAAGACGUUAAGUCUUCAUUAUUUCGAGGAAGAUGACAUGAAAGAUGGUUGGACUCAUUUCCACCAUAUACCAAUUGUACGAGCAGACCCAGAAAACAGAUGUGCCGUAAUGACUAUUUUUGGAAAAAAACUAGUUAUACUUCCGUUUCGAAGAGAAACGGCUAUAGAUGAUGGAGACUCGGAUGUCAAGCCGACUUCUAGUUCUAAUGUUGGUGGAAAAUCUCCAAUUUUAGCUUCCUACAUGAUCGUGAUGAAGGAUUUUAUUGAUAAAAUUGACAACAUUAUUGAUAUUCAGUUUUUGCACGGAUAUUAUGAGCCGACAUUGUUGAUUUUAUAUGAGCCUCUAAAAACUUUUGCUGGUCGUGUUGCUGUUAGAUCAGAUACAUGUGCGAUGGCUGCCAUUUCAUUAAAUUUGCAACAAAAAGUGCAUCCAAUCAUUUGGAGCGUUUCAAAUCUACCAUUUGAUUGCUUAAGGGCGGUACCUAUUAAGAAACCGCUGGGAGGCACAUUGAUAUUUGCCGUAAAUUCAUUAAUAUAUUUAAAUCAGAGUAUUCCACCUUAUGGUGUUUCAGUGAAUAGUAUCGGAGAGACCAGUUCUAGUUUUCCAUUGAAAUCUCAAGACGAUGUGAAAAUAAGUUUCGACUGUGCACAAGUAGGAUUCUUAGACGACGAUGCCUUGGUCUUAUCACUUAAAGGAGGCGAAUUAUAUGUGCUCACCUUACUAGCCGAUAGUAUGCGUUAUGUUCGAAAUUUCCACUUCGAAAAAGCGGCGGCCAGUGUUUUAACUACUUGCGUUUGUAUAUGCGAGAACAAUUUUCUGUUCUUAGGCUCUCGAUUAGGAAACUCUUUGCUGCUUCGUUUUACAGAAAAAGCGAACGAAGUGAUCACGCUAGAUGAAUCUGAAGAACCGAGCGCAAAAAGAGCUCGAAAUAAAAUCAUUGAGCAAGGAGAAAAAGUUUCAGAUUCUUUGACUGAUUUUAUUGCUAGUGAUGUGAUGGAUAUAAGAGACCCAGAAGAGUUAGAAGUCUACGGAAACCAAAAGCAAACGGGUGUCCAAAUCACAAGCUACACCUUUGAAGUAUGUGACUCUUUGCUGAACAUCGGUCCUUGCGGGCAGAUUUCUGUCGGAGAACCGGCGUUUUUAAGCGAAGAGUUUCACAACAAUCCCGAUCAUAAUCUAGAACUAGUUACAACCGCGGGCUAUGGAAAAAACGGGGCCUUGUGUGUUCUUCAGAGAUCUAUUAAGCCGCAAAUUGUUACCACUUUUACUUUGCCUGGCUGCUCUAAUAUUUGGACGAUCAAAAGCGGCGAUGAUAUGCAUUCGUAUCUCAUACUCAGCCAAGAGGAAAGCACAAUGGUGUUGCAAACUGGCCAAGAAAUCAACGAAAUCGAUAAUACCGGCUUUUUGACUCACCAACCGACAGUUUUUGCAGGAAAUUUAGGCAAUAAUAAGUAUGUGGUGCAAGUUACUACAGUAUCUGUUCGAUUACUUCAAGGUGCCGUUCAACUUCAGCAUGUACCCAUGGAUUUAUCAUGUCCUAUUGUGCAUGUUUCCAGCGCAGAUCCAUAUAUGUCGUUAAUGGCAGAGGAUGGUCAAAUUAUUACGCUUAUGUUGAGAGAAACGAGGGGUUCUGCCAAGCUAGUCAUCAGCAAGUCGACUUUAUCGAAUAGUCCACCGGUAUCUACUAUUUGCAUGUACAAAGACACUUCUGGCCUCUUUACAAACAAAAUUCCCGAGGAAUUCACUCACGUUCCCCAACACUUUAUUACGGACAUUUCGGAUUUGAAAAAUGAAACGGAAAAUGAAGACGAUUUGCUUUACGGCGACAAUGACUUUAAAAUGCCGUCACUGAGCAAAGCCGCUCCAAAGCCCAAAGUGUUCUACAAUUGGUGGAAAAAAUAUCUCACCCCUAAUAAGCCUACAUAUUGGCUUUUCGUAGUCAGGGAGAACUCCAACAUGGAGAUAUAUUCAGUUCCUGAUUUCAAACUCAGUUUUUACGUACAGAACUUGUGUUUUGGACAUAAAGUAUUAAUUGAUUCGCUCGAAUCCGUUAUGCUGAAUGCGAUGCCACAUUCAAAUGAAGCACAGAUCCAAAGGGAAUAUGAAGUGAAGGAAAUUAUUAUGGCUGGUUUGGGAAAUGAAGGAUCCAGACCAUUGUUGUUUAUAAGAUUGGAGAAAGCUCUUUAUAUUUACGAAGUAUUUAGGUUUUACAAAGGAAAUCUAAAGCUCCGAUUUAGACGGCUUAAGCAUGAAAUCAUCUACAAUCCAAAUGUGUCCGGGUUCAUCGAAACCGAGAAUUCGGAUUUCUUUAUUUUGCAGCAAAAAAUCUCAAGACUUAGAUAUUUUGAAAAUAUUGCAGGAUACAAUGGUGUGUUCGUUUGCGGCGGAAAUCCUUACUGGAUAUUUUUCGGUAAACGAGGGGAACUUCGAACUCACCCUAUGAAUGUUGACGGCGAAGUUCUUAACUUUGCGCCGUUCAAUAAUGUUAACUGUCCAGAUGGUUUCUUGUACUUCAACAGAAAAUCCGAGUUGCGUAUCGGCAUUUUACCGACGCAUCUCAGCUAUGAUGCCCCAUGGCCUGUAAGAAAAGUUCCUCUCAGAUGUAAUCCGCACUUUGUCACGUAUCAUUUAGAAUCGAAAACUUACUGUUUAGUCACUAGCUUAUCUGAACCAUCUAACUCAUACUAUCGUUUUAACGGGGAAGAUAAGGAGCUUACGGUGGAAGAUGGUAAAGAUGAACGGUUUCCUUUUCCUCACCAAGAGAAAUUCAGCUUAAUGCUAUUUUCGCCAGUGUCUUGGGACGUAAUUCCAAACACGAAGAUCGAUUUAGAUGAAUGGGAACAUGUUACGUGUUUGAGAAACGUUCAACUGGAAUAUGAAGGCGCUCGUUCAGGUUUAAAAGGCUACAUCGCUGUAGGGACGAACUAUAACUAUGGAGAAGACGUUACUUCGAGAGGAAGAAUUUUGAUAUAUGAUAUCAUUGAGGUGGUGCCAGAACCCGGACAGCCUUUAACCAAGAACAAAUUCAAAGAGAUUUACGCUAAAGAGCAGAAAGGUCCGGUAACUGCGUUGUCGCAAGUCAAAGGGUUUUUAAUUUCAGCCGUUGGCCAAAAAAUAUAUAUUUGGCAGUUGAAAGACAAUGACUUGAUUGGUAUUGCUUUCAUUGAUACUCAAGUCUACACGCAUCAAAUUCUAACAAUUAAAAACCUAAUACUUAUUGCCGAUGUAUAUCAAUCAAUCUCCUUGCUUAGGUUUCAAGAGGAAUUCAGAACACUGUCAAUGGUUUCUAGAGAUUUACGAUUAUGCGAAGUAUAUGCCAUUGAAUACAUGAUCGACAAUGGUAAUAUGGGAUUUUUAUUGUCGGACAGAGAAAAAAACAUUACGAUUUGUAUGUAUCAACCAGAAGCAAGAGAGUCUUUAGGAGGUCAGCGCUUAUUAAGAAAGGCAGAUUUUCACCUUGGUCAAGCUGUUACCACCUUCUUUAGGAUAAAGUGCAAAUUAGGGGAACUUGGCGAUGAUAAAAAACACAUGAGUGGUGCUGAUAGACGACAUAUCACUAUGUUUGCUACGUUGGAUGGUGGGUUAGGUUACAUUAUGCCUGUUGCUGAAAAAACGUACAGAAGACUGCUUAUGUUGCAAAAUGUAAUGGUUUCCCACGGCUCACAUAUCGGUGGCUUAAAUCCUAAGUCAUUUAGAACUUUCAAGAGUUUUCGAAGAUCGCUAACAAAUCCGGCCCGGAGCGUUAUCGACGGAGAAGUUGUGUGGAAUUUUAUGCAACUGCCCAUCACCGAAAAAAUUGAGAUGUCUAAGAAAAUUGGCACAAAGCUGGAGGAAUUACAGGAAGAUUUAAGUGACAUACAGAAGUUAACAAAUCACUUUUAGGUGGCUGUUCCAAAAAUAUCGUGUCAAGAGGACGCGCUAGCAUUUGCUGCACGGCUGACGUCACUACACCCAACUUUGAUAUCGGCUUGCAUUUGGUUCGCGUGGUGGCGGCGUUUACUUUUUUGAUCAAACCAAGUUUAAUGGGUGCUUAGUGAGGUCUAGUUGGUGAUUUGAAGAAAAUGGCUUAUACAUAUUGUAUGGUGCCGGAGUGUACCAAUACAAAUGGCACGACGUAAUGUGAAAGUUUCCAAAAAUAUAUUACAAAAACUUGUAUUUUGCUCAGUUUUUGAAUCAAUCGUUGAUGCAAAAAUAUCAUCCGUUUGAAGAAAAGCCAUAAAGAACAAAACAAAAAAUAUUUUUGCAAUUUACACUUUUUUAUCUUCUCUGUACAGUCACUGGGUAAAAUUUAUCCACCAGUCCAGUAGUUUAUUAUUCAAUCUGAGGACAAACAGUUGCAUACUAAAUUUGUAUCAAAUCAAGGGUAAUUCUUUUUUAUGUAUACCUGUUUUAAACGUGCUCACCGAAAAAUACGUAACUCCCCAAACUUAUAUUAGUGCGAAAACAUAUUAGUUACGUACCUUGCAGGUAUAGUUGGCGACACGUAAAAAUAGACGAUUCAAUAGUUGUUUUGUAAAUCUGACUUUCUACCUCGGUCUACCUUUGCGUAAAUUACAUAAUACUGACAACUAGUUUUCAUAUUAUCAAAAUUAUUUGUAAAAAUUGAAAUAAUUACAUUAAUCGUGGAAGGACAGCCAACAAAAACAGUAGUUGAGAGAUUUCGAAAACCGAAGAGAAUGAUUUAUAAAAAAAUUAAUUAAAUUGUUGAAUGAAAACAAGUUUGUGACAUACAUUGUACCAUAUAUUU